AUGACGCAUGCCAAUCUGAUGAACAACUACUUCAACCCCAACUCAGUGUACAUAGAAGAGGAUUUCAGACGUCUCUUCCAGAUGAGGCGUCAUGUCUUCAAGCGUUUACUUCAUGAUGUCCAGCAGGUCAAUCCAUACUUUAAACAGAAGCGGGACAGAGCAGGCCGCCCUGAUUUCUCACCUUAUCAGAAGGUUACCAUUGCACUCCGAAUGAUGGCCUAUGGCUUCUUAGCUGAUUCGAUGGAUGAAACCCAUGGUAUGUCAGAGUCCACAUGCCUUGAUACUCUUGAACAAUUAUGUGACAUAAUUUUUCAGGUUUACAAAGAAGAGUACCUCCGCGAGCCAAAUCAAGAAGAUUUGAAUCGGGUCCUUUGCAAAGCUGAAGACCGUGGGUUUUCGGGCAUAAUAGGGCCAUUAGACUGCAUGCAUUGGGAUUGGAAGAAUUGUCCCACUAGAUGGCAAAGAGGCUUUAGCGGAAGGUCGAGAAAGCCAAUUGUUGUGCUAGAGGCGGUUGCUUCAUAUAACACAUGGAUCUGA